GCAGGAAGUGUCCGAGGAGGGGCGGAGACUGCAGGAUGGCACCAGACCCCUGGUUUACCACAUAUGAUUCUACUUGCCAUAUCGCACAAGACAUUGCUGAGAAAAUUCAAGAACGAAUUCGGUAUGAAAGGAAUGGUGAAAAUACAGCCAAGCUUACCGUGACAAUCAGAACUUUGUUGCAGAAUCUGAAGGAAAAGAUCGCCCUUUUGAAGGACUUAUUGCUAAGAGCUGUGUCAACACACCAGAUAACUCAGCUUGAAGGAGACCGAAGACAGUCCCUACUGGAUGAUCUUGUUACUCGAGAGAGACUACUUCUGGCAUCCUUUAUGAACGAGGGUGCAGAACCAGAUCUCAUCAGGUCCAGCCUGAUGACUGGAGGAGCUAAGCGAGCAGUACCCAACCCUUGGCUCUUCGAGGAGCCAGAAGAGACCAGAGGCUUGGGUUUUGAUGAAAUUCGACAACAGCAGCAGAGAAUUAUCCAAGAACAGGAUGCGGGCCUCGAUGCCCUUUCAUCUAUCAUAAGUCGCCAAAAACAAAUGGGGCAGGAAAUUGGAAAUGAACUGGAUGAACAAAAUGAGAUAAUUGAUGACCUUGCCAACCUGGUGGAAAAUACGGAUGAGAAACUUCGCACUGAAACCAGGCGUGUGAAUAUGGUGGACAGAAAGUCAACAUCUUGUGGGAUGAUAAUGGUGAUCUUAUUGCUGCUCGUGGCAAUUGUGGUCGUUGCAGUGUGGCCUACCAAGUAGCGCGCCCAGCUGGGACACCCGCCAUGCUGGAGGGAAACUCAGCUCCCUCUGGUGCACGAAAGAUGCUCUCAAUAAAUUCCCCCAAGCUCGGAACUCUGGAUGUGCAUUACUAGCGCGAUGGGUCAGGAGCCUCGGCCCCCACAUGGCCCUUGUGAUGUCUGCUUUUGUCAUUUUGACACUAUCCCAAGGUCCCUCCAUGGCCCUGCAGGCGCUGGGUGUCCUGGGGACACCGAAUCAGCAGGCAGCUUGGAACUUUGCUUGUCUGGUCUGUCGAGGAAGUCACAGGCCCAUGUAAGAGACAAGUGGACAGUCAAGGCCAGUGCACCUAGGCAGGGAGGAAGGAGGCACGAGGGCCGUGUGAAAGGGGCAGCGGCACAGGGACAUGUCUGGUGUGUCACCACCACCCGCCAACCUGCCCACGGGCCACCCCUGUGGUGCUCGCUGCAAUAUUGGCAGAAAUGUUUCUGGAGUCUACUUUAGGAACUGCCGUCACACCUGGAAGCUCACGUUUUUCAUUUCCUCAGUGAUAGUUAACCCAUUUUCCAAGGCUAAAAACAACUUUAUGAGCAGCCAGAAUGAAGUCUGUCACAUAAGGCGGGUGGGGUGGGAGGCAGGUGGGAAACCACUGUUUAAGGUUCAAGAAAGGUGUGAUUAUGAAGUCAGGAGAGCAAAGCCUUCGUUUGCCUUAAACUGGCUAUGGCAGGUGCUCGUGUGUGUGUGGCACGUGUGUAGCACAGCGUGACGGGGUAGGCCUGUGUGCCGUGCGUGGGAAUGUUCUGGGUUAGAAGGGAGCCCAGGGCCAGGCAUCAUGCCCUCGCUCCCCUUGAGGGAAGGAAGGAUGGGCCUUCGCCCUCCAUGAUAGGAGAGGAUUAGGGUUGGUGAUGGGGCAGCUUCCAAAGCACAUGGUUUCACUGAGGAAAAGGUGAGAAGAGCCUGUGGUAGGGGA